GAUCAAUUCACUCGUUCGCUCAUUUUGAAAAUGAACCACAGAUGAAGAAAUUCAUUUUUCGAAAAUACUAUUUUUAAAAAUAGCAUUGACCAAACCGUCAGUUUUCCUCGAGUAGUGCCAACGACAACAAGUCACAAAAAUAUUUGGAACGUCUGGGAAUAGAAGUCGGAUUUUUUAAUUUUUUCUAUAGAAUUUUCGCAAAGAAAGAAAAUUUUGUGUUGAGAAAGUGAAAAAAAGGAAAGAAAGUGUUUUUACCGCCAGUCAGCCAGCCAGCUGUUUGAAAGUGGAAAAUUUUCUGUGCAAAAAAAAAACGAAAAGAAAAAUUUGACAUUUAUGUAUACUAUAACGGAUCUAUACAUACAUACAUAAAAAUAUAUAUAUCUGUAAAAGUGAGUGAUUCUUUGCGCAUCGUUCGUCCGCGUUUUUAUCGAAAAAUCGUAACAUUUCAUCGGGCUUUAUUGUGAAGAAGAAAAGAAAAACAAGAAAACGAAGACGCAAUUUCACCAUUCCGCAGAAGAUCCUUUGUUAUUCAUGUAAUUUUGUAUUUGCCAAACGUCCCACCACUACCCCCCAUCGUCCAAAGAUCGCGUGUGUAUGUGUCAAUAAUCGUUAAUAGAUCAAAGAAGAAGAAAAAACAACACAAAAGAAAGAAAAAGAAAACCCCACCGGGCUUGUCGGGUAAAACGUCGACCGAUUUUACAUAAAUAAGCAGCCAUUGUUCGGCAACAUGGCCAGUAAUGAACCAACCGAGACUGAAUUAAAUUCACCAACAACACCUACAACAACAACACCACCAACAACAAUGCCUAGUGAAAAUAUCGGAGAAGAUAUCUCAGAGGCUGUUGCUUCCAGCCAACGGCGCAGAUCUGCUGCCUAUCGGGGAGUACAUUUUGCCUCCGUGCCAGAGGAAAACGAGGAGGGAGAGGAAGAGGAUCUAUGGUGGCGAGAAGUGGAGAGUGCCGAAUUUACCCUAGAUCACGUGCCUCAUGUAACAUCUGUUUUCACCCCUUCACCGGAGGAUAUUCUAGAGCAGCCCACCUCCCCCGAGGAGGCCCUGACGGCCAUCUAUGACGAAGAAUUUGAGCGUCUACAUCGCCUUACGACACGUAUCAAAAAUACCAUGGAAGAGCAAAGGGUACGUCACUUCAGUGAAUCGAGUCAAGACAAUGAUCACCACAGCAAAUUGGAGACUGAAGAGGUGCUCUCCUCCUCGCCCCAGACAACAUCUGAGGCAGCCUCUGUAUCACCUUCCGCCAAAGAACAAAGUUUGGAAGAGUUCAAAGAGGAAUUGCGUCUCAAACGUCAAACUCGGCAAUCUGCCAUACAGGGGUUGCGUGAUGAAAUUUCCCUGCUGCGCAAACAAUUGGAUGCGGAACGUGAUAUAUCACGUCGCCUACGCAAUGGGGAAAAGGUUGAAGAGUCUCCUCCCUUGGAAAAAUCACCAAAAUCACCGUUUACUUCUGACCUAGAGGGUGCCACUGCCCUAACCAAACGCACUACUAAAUACGAACUUCUCGAUGAUGACGCCAAUGGAGAUGAUGAUGAGAAUCCUUUGGCACGCAGCCGUCAUGCCAACAUUGAAUUGGCCAAUGCCCAAUUGGCUCUGCAAAUGGCCAAUUCAGAAAAUCUUUCAUUGCGUGGCGAAUUGGACAUUGUCCACAAGCAAGUGGCCUCUUUGAAAGAUGUCAUUGCCUGUUGCAAGCAAAUGUUAACGGUUAAAGAGGAACAAUGCAAUGAGUUAAAACAAAGACUGAGUGAAAUUGAAAAAUCAUUUGCCGAACAUGAAAUGAAAAUCAUGUCUGAUAAUUUACGCCAGGAAUACGAAAGACAAUUGGUUAAUAUCCGUCAAUUGAAACAAUUGUACGAGGAACGACAGCGUGUGGCGGCAGCGGAAUAUGAAAAUUUACAGCGUUUAAUAUCGAUUAAACGCGAUGAAUUGGGACAGGAACAGGAAAAAACUAAAGCCCUUGAAGAACGCAACAAGGACAUGGUGCGAGAAAUUGAACUGGCAAACAAUGAAUUGGCGUGUCUGCGUGAUGAAUGUAAGGAGCAUCGUUUCGAAAAGGCCGCUCUCAAGGAGGAAAUGGGAGCUGUAAAUACGCUCUUCAGUCAAAUGGUGAUGGGUUUUAAUGGCAAAAACAAUUUAGACAUCGAUAGACUGACAACCAUGUUGGAGGAGAAUCGCACAUUGCUAAAUGACAUGGCAACGAAGGAGUGCACCGAUGGUGCCACAUUGCCAAAAUUAUUAUUCGAAUUAGUUGAGCAGGCGAGCGUUAAAGAUAGUGUGACCGCCGGCAGUGAGGAUGAAGGAGCUCGAGUGGCACUGAGUCGCCAAGUUAGCAGAGAAGUGACCCAUAUCAAAGAGGGUAGAAUCACCAAAGAGGAGGAGGAGUUGCAGACGACAAGGGUGGCCAAGAUUGUUUCAGAUGAUAAUGCAAGUUGCCAGUCACAAGACGAAGAAGAUGGAGAUGGAGAAGAAAUAGACGAAGUUGAUAAUGAAAAUAUGACAUUAGCAAGCGGCUCCCAGCAAGCAGCUGGAAUGGAAUGCCAACAACAACAAGAAAUUAUAGAUGAUACUGACGCCGCUGCCAGCUCAGAUGUUGCAUUUGCCACUAAUGAAAAAGUUAGUGGCAUUACUUUACAACAGCAGCUGCAACAACAACAACAACCAGCGAAGAGUAAAAAACAACAUCACUCCCACAAUCAUCGUAAAAGUUCGAACACCAUUAAAAAAUCAACGAACGACAACAUUGCCACUCUAAAAUUCACCGAUCCCAGUGUCAUGGCAAAAGUUGCCUCCACUCAAGAAAUUAUUGGAAAUCUACCAAAAGUUUGGCGUGUUUUGGUGGAGUUACUCAAUCAUCAUCACACCGAUCCGGUGCAGUUCGAGGAAAACGGCAAAGGCGAAGACUGCUAUAAAUCGGUACAGACACCGUACGGACCCAAGGCCGAGCUGAGCGUUAGCAAGACUUAUUUGAAACUUAAGGAUCUAAUAUUGGAGAAAAAGUCCUUGGUGAAGGAAACUAAUCGUCUGAAAACAUUAAACAGCCAUCUGGACUAUCGCCUAAACGAACAGGAGAAACGCCUGAGUGCCGUUAGCUUGGAGUUGACAAAAACUUGGCAUUUGGUUGGCAAAAUGCAACGUCAACAUCGUCAAAUGCACACCCAGGAGCAGAUUUUACGCUACCAGCUGCAGCAGAAACGCCGCCUGCUGCACGAACUGAAGGAUGAACUGGAGUACUGUCGCCGCAAGUGGCAGGCGGCACGUGCCAAAAACGAUGAAAGUCAAGAGCAGUGCGAUGAUUUACGACGUGAGUUUGCCAGGCGUAAAUUGGAAGAUGCAAAUAAUUCGGCUGAGAGCGGUUACAGCGAUUCGGGUGGCCCCGUCUCGGAUGAGGAGCGUGAGGCAAAGGGUGCUGGGGAUGAUGUGGAUGGUGCUGCUGGUGGGGUUAGUGCCAAGCAAAAAGAGGAUAUGCCAGGAAAUGAGGAGGCCGGUGCUGAUGAUGGUGAUGAGGAUGACGACGACGAUGAUGAGGAUGUGGCCUCCAGCUCGGCUGGAGGUGCCGCUGGUGGUUGUGUCAACUACAGACGCAAACGUUUGAGGGAAAUGUUUGAGCAUUCACGUAAAAUCAAACGUAUGCAAAGUACAUCGCCGGGACGGGCAAAUGCCAACAACAACAAUCCGGAUGACACUGACACCGAGGUGGUCUUGAGAUGGAACAGUGCACCACCAACAUGUGGCUGGAGAGAUGUGGGAGAGCAGGGACAGGAUGAUAAUGACGACGACGAAGAAGAAGAAGAGGUGGAAAUACCAACUCUGUUGGUAAGACCAAGUACCUCGGCAAGUGGAGCCAUACCAAAGGUCACCCGGUCCUCAAGACGUUCACAACGUCGCAGUGUUGAGAGGGCGAAUGCCACCGAUCUACCGGAUUUGGAUGAACCCUCAUCCGAAAUCACUGAUGACCGGGCUACACGCAUAAAACGCUUGGAAGAACAAUGCAAAACCUUAAUUCAACAGGUAUUGGAAACCUCCGAUAACCGGGAACGUUUGGAGGUCCAACUUAGGCGUUUCCAAGACGAAAUGGCUCCCGUCCAAUAUGCCGUGCCCUUGGAGGAAUUGAUGAACAAGAAACGCAAGGAUCGUUCCACCCGGGCCAGUUCAGCUCCGGCCCCGGGUAGCCUUACGCCGCGCGAAGAGGAAUACACCCGACGUCGUUCGGAGCGCCUUGGGCGUUUGGAGGAGGAAAGUCGCCAGCUAUUGUUUCGCAUUAAACGCACCUCCGAUAGGGGUCAUUAUUUGCGUUGCUCCCUAGAUCGCAUUCGCCGUAACCCCGUCUCCAGAGAGGGAAGUUUUGAGAGCAACACCGAGGAGGAAACACGCAAGUCCGAAGAUGAAGCAUCCCAUGGCAAGGUAAAUGAAAGUACUCCCAAGAAGGAGGAUAUUCCCAGCACCUCAGCUCAGGCGGAAAAGAGUCCUCUCAGCGCCCAGGAAGAAGCCUAUACCGCUCGUCGUUCGGCUCGUCUUCAAAGGCUGGAAGAGGAAAGCCGCCAACUACUCAGCAAACUCUCGCACAACAACAAUCGUGGUGAUAGCUUGGGUCUAAGACUUGAUAUACUCCACGAACGUCAUGGAUCUCAGGAAGAGCCAACCACAGCAUCCGCUUCGACAACCACAAACACAACCAAUACUACCUCAAAUACCCCGAGAGUGCCAGGAAAACUAACCACCGAGCAACGCAUCGAAAACAUUGAGAAAAUUUCCUCCAAUCGUGAACAGCGUCUACGCAUCCUAGAAGAGGAGGGCCGCCAGUUGAUUAAUCGCCUCUCGGAAACCUCGGAAAAGGGCAGUCAAAUGAUACAACGCAUUGCUGAGAGGGAAUUGAAUCGCCAACAACGUUCCAACUCCACACCUCAACGUGAUAAUGGUGACAUGGCCAGCACCUCGACGGCAGUUGUAGAUCCCCUGCUGCCCACACUUAAGAAUGUGGCCUGUUCCAGCAUUGUGGGCGAUGAGUUGACGGAAAGGGUUACCAUUACCACCACACCCAGUCAGAUUGCAGCCCAUCAAGGGGCCAUACCUAAGACAACAAAAACAGUAACCAAGCCAACUACUCAACUUUUGGCCGCCCAGUCAAAAGCGGAUCGCCUGCAAAGUAUCUCCAAACAAAAAACCAAAGAAACCUCUAAAGAAGAAAGUUUGGAGGAAAUGGUAAGGCGUCUACAGUCGUUACCUUUCCCCAAGGCAGAGGACACAAAGGAGGAGGAGAAAAACGCCACAGAAACUCCUCAAAACGAGGAAAUUACUUCUAUAACCUCUGAAAAUAAAUUAGAACCUCUACAAGCAACACCAAUGGAAGAAAACUUAAAUCCCGCAGAUACCUCAAAUGCAGCCACCACUACCGCUGCCGCUGCUGCCCCCAAUACCCCCAAUGACAAUCCAUAAAGUGUCAUUCAAAUACGAUAAGACUUUAUUCUACGUGUUCAACAAUUCUCUUUUCUUUCCAAUCAAAGUGCUGACUUCAUUUUUUCUCUCGUGGAAUCUUCCCACCCGAAGGGGAAGUUUUCCCAAUCUUUAAACCUUUAUAACGAUUUAUACGUACCAUAUAUAUUUUCGGAUAUGUUUAAAAAUAUAUACAUAUUUAUUUUCUUUAUUAUGCAUAUGUAAUUGUAACUCGUAAAGAAUAAAGUGUUAUUCUUUCGUCUUGCCAAAAAAAAA